AUGCCAAAUCCAUCUACCUUAUUGCCACUAGAGCUGGUUGACAAAUGCAUUGGGUCCCGUAUCCACAUCAUCAUGAAAAAUGACAAGGAGAUUGUUGGGACACUACUGGGAUUUGAUGACUUUGUGAACAUGGUCCUUGAGGAUGUGACUGAAUAUGAGAAUACAGCUGAGGGGAGGCGUGUGACCAAGUUGGAUCAGAUUCUUCUGAGUGGCAAUAACAUCACCAUGUUGGUCCCAGGUGGGGAGAUGCCUGAUGCAUCGUAA